UGUGUGUGUGUGUGUGACCACUCCAGUGAGAGGAACGUUUUUGGUGAUCGCUAUAUAAAGCGCGCCGCGUCUCAUCUGGGUCACUGGCGCUUUACGCACUCGAGCCAUCGCAAGCGGAACCACUUCAAGCCGAUUAUACUGUGACAAUGCCUAACGAAUGGGGAUACGGAGCGAAUAACGGACCAGACACGUGGCAUGAGAAGUUUCCGAUAGCUAACGGACCCCGGCAGUCUCCCAUAGAUAUUGUGCCUAGUGAGGCUCAGUAUGACCCAGAGCUCAGGCCACUCACACUGCGUUAUGAUCCAUCAGUCUCACUGGACAUCAUCAACAACGGCCACUCCGUCCAGGUCACUUUCGCAGAUGACGAGGACAAAUCAACUCUGACCAGAGGGCCAGUAACUGGCACCUAUAGACUUAAACAGUUCCAUUUUCACUGGGGAUCUAGUGAUGAUAAAGGCUCCGAGCACACAGUUGAUGGAAAACUGUACCCUGCUGAACUUCAUCUAGUUCACUGGAAUACUACAUAUCCCAACUUUGGAGAAGCUGCUAGCAAAUCUGAUGGCCUUGCUGUGGUUGGAGUCUUCUUGGAGAUUGGUAAUGAAAACCCUCAACUCCAGAAGGUUCUUGAUGCACUGGAGGCCAUUAAAGCAAAGGCAACACAGACUACAUUUGCAAACUUUGACCCUACUUUGCUGCUGCCUAGCACACUGGACUAUUGGACAUACGAUGGCUCUUUGACCACACCCCCACUGCUCGAGAGUGUUACAUGGAUUGUCUGCAAGAAGUCAAUCAGUGUUAGCCCUGCACAGAUGGAGAAAUUCCGUGGCCUGCUCUUCUCGACGGAGGAGGAGCCUGAGUGCAAUAUGGUGGAUAACUAUCGCCCACCACAGCCUCUGAAAGAUCGAAAAGUCCGCACAUCUUCCGCAUAAGCUGCUCUGAAGUCUUAAGCUUGCCCCUGACCUCUGUCAUGUUGUUAUGUUUUUUACAUUAUAAUAUUUCCCUGCCAUCUGGCAAAAGCACUACUGAGUCUUUGCUUUUUUGCGCUCCGCUUUUUAUAAAUAUAGUCAGAAGAAGAUUAAUUUGUACAUUGUGGGUAUGGUGCCCGGCCCAUCUUAAUUAAGAUUCAUCAAAACAUACACACAAGCAACCCAAAAGUCCAACUCCAUGCUGCAGGAAUAUAUUAAAAAUGAAGUGGGCUAUCAGUCAUAAUUACCACCAAGAGUCUCUUCAGCUUGCUUCAGGAUCCUGCAGCUUCACAAAAAAAAACACCACAAGAUCCCUAAAAACUCUCUUUUCACAGAUAUAGCAUACUAUGCAAGGCCUUCGAUAAUGCAGUGUUCUAAAGUAAUGACUGUUCCAGGUUUCUUGGAGAACUUCAUAUAGUUCUUCUUCUUGGUCGAAGAAGAUGAAAUCUAAUUUCUGAUUCUACUGACAUGAAUGCAGUAGGCAAUGUAAGAAAAAAAAUAUUUGCAGAGUACUGUAUGUGUGUCAUGGCAUCAUACCUACACUGAGAAACACACACCUACACGUAUGAUAUCUUAACAACUCUCUCAGAGGAGCAGCGUGCUGCUUAAUGC